AACGAGAAAACCAACGUGGGAGUGGGUCCUACCAGAAUCAAACUGAAUCAAAACUUCCAACACGACCACGACGAAGAAACGAACAAACCAGUUUGGUUUCGUUUCUUUCGUAGUUUCCGAAGUAAGGAAGGAAGUCAAAUCAAGAUCAAACAUUGCCUUUGCUUUCAUAGAGCCACACUCACUUCUCUUCUGUUCUGUUUAUGUUUCUUUCUUUUGGUUGGUGAAGUGAAGUGAGAAAGAGGAGAAUGAUGGAUUAUGUAACGAAUCACCGGUUCAAAAGGUGGAAGAGAAAUCAUCGCAUAUGGGGGGCAACUGCAACAUUUCUCUGUUGCAUUUGCUUAUUCUUGUUUACUCCUACAAUCCCUCGUUCUUCCAAUCAACACCAAUUUGCUGACGUGCGCAAUCUUCUUGGAGUACCAAACACAUUGAAUGUGAUGACAAAUUUCCCAUUUUUAGUUGUGGGUGUUUUAGGCUUUGUUUUUGCUCUGGAUGGAAGUUUCUUCAACAUAAGUUCUCAAGGAGAGGUGUGGGGUUGGGUAGUAUUCUACGGUGGAAUGAUAGGGGUGGCUUUUGGUUCUGCUUAUUACCAUUUGAAGCCUGAUAACCAUCGUGUCUUGUGGGACACUUUACCGAUGAUGGUGGCCUUCUCCUCGCUUAUGUCUUGUUUGAUUUUUGAGAGAUUCAGCCAGAGGACUGGUUUGUGUUGUAUGUCUGCACUAUUGGUUUCUGCCAUUCUUUGUGUACUUCAUGAACGAAUUUAUAAUGAUAUCCGGUUCUGCAUGAUGUUCCAGUUGAUUCUUCCUCUAGCUAUUCCGGCAGUAGCAUUUAUGUACCGCUCCAAAUAUACUCACUCAGGAUACUGGUUUUUGUCUACAGGGAUUUAUCUGCUGGCAAAAUUUGAAGGUGUUACCGAUAGGAAGUUGUGCCGUAUAAGCACCUACUUUAUCACUGGGCAUUCGUUAGAGCACCUGUGUUUAGCGCUGAUCCCAAUUUCUCUUGGCAUAAUGCUCAUCUACAGGGAACUCAAGUUUCAAAGGUUAGUUGAUCAUAAAGAUCGGCUGUGACAAGUCAUAGAGAAUCGAUGAUUGUUCAACUGUUUUGGAGCUAAAGUUAUCGCAGUAGCGUGAUCAGUAAAAGGGCCUAAUGAUUAUGAAAACCAUGGUCAGAUACCUAAUUGAAGUUAUCUUCUGUAACUUGGAAGCCUAACUUGUUUAGCUGUAUAGUGAGGUCAAAUUCCUUUAUCUGUAUAUAUGACACAAUUUCUGUUAACAUCAAACUGUAUUUGAAUUUUUUAUUUUUUUUUUGUCAUUGAUCACCGACCUUGUGAAUAUUGGCGCUAUUGUUGGAGCAUUGAUUCAUCAAUGUGAUUAUGUGACGCAUUGAAAAUUCUGUAUUUAGUCAGUAUUUAGUUUGUAUUCACUCUAUUUUUUUU